AGGUAUAAGCUCCAUAGUCAUGUUCACAGUGCUGUGCCCAUGCCCCAGGUCCUAUCAUCGAGGGGCGGGGAUUACCACGUUGCUCCUCCCCCUCCGGGCUGCCGUCACCGGGGCUGCUGGACCGGAGCAACUCGGCACCAAACAACCAGCCGCCGGCUGCUGCUCCUGCUGCUCCUCAAAGCCGAGAGAAGACCCGGUGCAGCCAGGAGCCUCCCCAUCGCCUCCGCUCCUCCUUUCUCAACCGCGAACGACAUGGCCUCCGACGGCAUGGACGAGCGAUCUCCUCUGCUGUCGGGCCCCAACUCCGAGAAUGUGACCCCCACUGCUCCCCCGUACCUGCAGGAUCCAAGCCCCCGAGGUAAACACACAUUCAGCAUGCAGGGCUGCCCCCGCCGCCUGCAUGCUGAAUCAUUUCAGGGCGUAUCGGGUUUGUGCGUAAAUAAAACUGCAGCAAGGCAAAGCAAAGCAAAGGCAAGGGCAGUGAAUCGGCAGCGGAGAAAAAGGUGGAGCUUGCUCUGUGAGAACUGGAGCAGUGGGUUAGAGAAGAGGGGCCUACAAUAACAGCAAGAUCUGUUUUUACUGCAGAAAUGCUUACAUCACGACUCGACGGGGCCUGCCGUGUUGUGGGGGCUUUCACCAAAAUAUAAAGGUCCACACGCAGGGAAGUGAUGGCUCUGCGUGGGUUCACCGGAUGAUGUGGCUUUGAUUGUGUUGAUUGACGAGGUGAAGAUGACCCACUGCAGAUGGAGGCAACCUUUUGUUCCAGCAGUAAAAUGAAAAAAAAAGAAAAGAAAAUGAGAAAGGAUAUUCCCUUCAUGCAUACAGGGCAGGAAACCACCUGGACGUCAUGAUAUUAUUUAUUUAUAAGAUGUGAUAUUGAGCUGGUUUGUAUGAUUGGCAGAUAUUUAACCUUUAUCCUGCAACUCUAACCUGAAUCUCCAUCUUUUGAGCAUCAACAAAGAUUAAAUCCCAGCUGACACAGUGUCUACAUUUUUGCUUAGUAAAGAGCUGAAUGUAGGUUAUGGUACCAUAAUGCAUGCAGGGCUGACUCUGACUAUGACCCAGGCUAUUACAGCUCAUAAAUCUUCUGUCUGCUCAUUGUGGAGUCUGCUGUCAGAUCCUUGUUGCCUUUACGAUGAAAACUGUCAGAUAAACAUCUUCAUUCAUGUUGCAGAAGAUCAGAAAGUUGAAGCUGGAUCAUGACUUAUUACUUUUCUCUUGUACAGUUUACUCUUAUUCAUUGUGUAGAAACAUCCAGAUGUCAAAGGAUGGUGAUGAAAUUUUAAUUGACCUUAAAAUUUAGUAGUUUGGAAAAUUUGCAGACUUUUGUUACAGAAAAAAACAAAACAUAGUGUUGCCUCAUCACAUCCCUGGUUGCUGCGCUGCUUAAUGAAUGGCUUCAUUGACUGUAUAAUACUCUUUUGAGGGCAGUUCAGGACAAGAGGCUAAUAUCAAGAAAACAAGAGAGAAAAAAAUGAACAUUUUGUUGUUCUCAAACUGCAAUCUUGGAAAAUUCAUAUUUCCCCACAGGAUUAAUCUUAAAGACUUUAACAGUGGAGACUGUAAUAACUCGUAAACCCACAAUUUGUUAGGAUGUAGUCCAGAAAUCCUACAUGAGAGUUACUAGAUUUCAUGGCCUAGUUUCUCUGCCCUCUUUCUCAGCAGUCUGAAUUACGGCUAAUUCUUAAUUUCUGCUGAUUUUGGGGUGCAGUGUUAAGUUGACUUACUUAAUCUUUGGAUUAAUCGAAGUCAAACACUGAUUUGUUUUGUCUGAAAACAAAAACAGAGAUGGUGCUUUGAUCGACAAUAAGCUGCGUUUAGAAAAACUGGGUUUAAACGGUUAUUUUGAAGAACAGUUGUAUUGAUUUCCCCAAUCUCUGCAUAAUUGGACAACAUAUGACUCUUGUUUAUGUGCUCCCUCUUGUAUCCAAGUGUGGUGUGGUGUGUGGAGUACUAGGUGGAGGUGGGGAAGGGCGUAGACGAAUGACCUUGGCUGCCUUGGAGUGGUUAGAGGUGUGAGCUGUGCUUGAUUUUGUCAUCGCCUGCCUGAUGAUUUUGUGCUUGAAGGGCAGAGCGCAUUGACAGCAACUCAAGCUUCUCAUGGUGUUUAUAAUCCUGACAGGUUUGAGGAUAUAAAGAAAACUUUUCUGAACAUAUCGGGUCAACAUUUUAAACCAAAGACAGAACAUCUUCCAUCAUAUUGUUAAAUUAAAUCUGUCAAAGCGAUGCUAUAUUAUUCAGGUUUAGACAGUAAAUCUGGUGAACAUGUACAUUUUUAUUCACCAUCAAAAGCCAAAAAUAGGGAUCGGAAUUUUAAGAUUUUAUCGAUAUCGAUGCCGUUAUUGAUUCUGCUUAUCGAUUCAAUUCGUUAAUGAUUCCCUUAUCAAUGCCUUUCUUUGAUUUAAUAAAAAAGAAAGGUAGACUAUAGGUUUUCAUUGUUUACUCAAAAUUUUAUUGAGUCUCUGAUAACAGAAAAAAGAUAUAUGUUUUUGAUGCCGUGCCCGUUGUCAAAUGUUUAAGCAUGUUGCUGGUGUUUCCACCUUUGCAUGUUAUCACAGCUCGACAAACGUUGCACGUUGCGCUGUUGUCGUCUCUCUUAGUAAAAUUGAGCCACGCUUUAGAUCGUUUCUGCCUACUUUUUGUACCGUUCACCAUGCUUUUUUCUCCGUCUCUGUCCGGCACUCGCAAAACCAUUUUUCAAGGCACCUAGAAGAAAGGAAUUUUUUAAGGGAAUCGUUAAGAUAAAAUGUAAAUGAUGUUGAUGGACUAAACCAUUUGGAACCGGUCCUCAACAAGAACCGGUUCUCGAUUCCCAUCCCUAGCCAAAAAUUAUUAAAAACACAAGCUUUUGGCUGGAGUGUUUUUCUGUCUUUGAAACAGCCAACAUAGGCCCUGUAGUGUGCAGUUGAUUUAGGUGUACAUGUGCAGUUUUGCACUUACAUCCUAUUGCACAUGUAAACUGUCUCAUAGAUGUAAAAGUUACGCAAGUGUGUCUUACUUUACAAGAACGAAGAUUUUUUUAUCUGAGUCAUGGUGACACUGUUGGAUCUGCUGUGGGAGAGUUGGCUCUAGAAACACAGAAGCAACUGUAGCACUGUGGAGCUGGUUGUAAAACCUUUACAGAAAAGAUCAGAGCUCCAUGGAGCUACUGUGGAUAGUGCUGUCGUCUCACUGCAAAGAGGCUCCUCUGAAUCUGUUCUGUGUGCGUAUCUUCUCAGUGCUUCCUCUCACAGUCCAUCAACAUGCUUGUUAGGUUAACUGAUCACUCUUAAUGCAUGGAGCUCUGCUCCUGAGUGUGUCUAUUAACAAUGACUAUGGCAGUAUGUUUGCACUGUGAUGGUCAGACAGCUUGUCCGGGGUGUACCCUGCUUUUCACCGACAGCUGGAAUUGGCUCCAACUACGUGGUGACCCUGGAUGGGAUAAGGGGUUGGGAUAACGGAUGGAUGUAUACAGAAAGCAUCAAAUACAGUGACAUCCAGUUUGGCCACAAGAUACACAACACCUAACCAGUCUUCAAAUACACAAUUUGAGUAUUUUAAGGUAACAUUUUUUAUUAAAACCCCACUGUGUCAGCCUUUUUAGAAAUGAGUAAGUCUCAUAUCAAAUGUCAGACUUACUUUUUUGUCUUGUUUACAUAUUUCUAACAGAAUCUUGUGGACAGAUAGGCUGUGCUGAGUUAGACUGACCUAUUAUUGGAAAAAGGGACACAACACCAGUCAAUAUCUGAAAACAUUCCUAGGCAGCUUGUGUCUCCAUCCAAUCCUCUCAGUCUGCCAUUCCUCAUUACAAACCACAUGUCCCACAUCGUCAUACAGUCAGUGAAGGCACAAGGCAGCUGAGCAGGAGGCUGUAUAUGUUGUGGUUGCUGCUGGUGGCUGUUGUGGAGGUGUGCUCUCAUGUUUCCUCGGCUCUGAGGACGGUGACGUUGUAAACCUAUAGCUGCUAUAUUCAGUUCUGGAGGGGCAUUAAAACAGAGUCAGAGCACAGAAACAGGCCUGUCCUGAGAGUCAACCCUGCCGGAUCAUAGAGAAAAGUGCUGUCUGUGCUUCAGUUUAAUAACCUUUCUUUAUUACAGUUACUGUAAAGUUACAAUUUAAGAGGAGGGGGCUCUCUGUUUUAAAUUCUAGAUUACCCCGGGUUUCUAAGAGCUAUGUUUUGCACACAGUACGUAUGUCCACUCUUUGGCUGCUUUGCAUGUUUUCAGGACCAUGUUUCUACACACCCAUCGUUGUCCCAUCUGUCCCUGUGGUGUCAACAUAUGAAGCAUCUCUGAAUCUCACAGCCAAGCUUGUUUACCUUUUGACUCCUCUCAUUAUCUCAUUCAGGCUCAGAUUAGAGGGUCAUUUAUCAGAUUAGGUACCUCCGUUGUGGUUGGCCAUAAGAAUGAGAUCAGGGUUAACAAAGACCUCAUGAUGUAUCCUGAUAGUCUGUUUUUAUACUCUGUUGGUAACUUGUCUACAACAGAUGAUCGUGUCAUUUAUACAAUGUUAACCUGUUAUUAAAUGUAUAGUUGUAUGAAUUAUGUAACAUACAACGUAUAGUGAGUGGGCUGUUUUAGACACUUGGAACCCCGACACGGUGAGCUGGACUCAAGUCUGAGACUUUCCUUAUGUGAACUAACCAAUGUCAAAUCAACUAGACUUUUUUCUGUGCAAUGAUACAGUCAAACCUCCUGGGCUGGUUGGACCCCCUUGCCUAGCAACGGUCUGUUUUUCAUAGCAACAACCUGCUAUUGAGAAAUAACAGUCAGCUGCUCUAAGAUGUUGCUACAUAUUGACCAAUCAUGAUCGAGUAAACACAGCUGUGUAAUAAGAGAUGUUGAUUUUACAGAAGACUUGCCUGGUAUCUUUAAACUGUUUCUUACCUCAGUCCAAAUCCCAGUUUUACAUAUUCUUAUAGGGCGAAACUAUCGGUGAAAGUUGUUGCUACGAAGAUCAGAGAUGCUAAAGGCCCUGAUGAUUAAAAGCUGAUCAGAUUAAAGCAGAUUGGUUUCUGUUGAUUGACCAGUUCUCUCAGCCCGAUUCUUGAUGAUAUCCCACUGUACACGUAAACAUGUAUUUCUGCCAAGUCAUUUUGCCUGAUUCUCAUCAGACUUUUUUUUUUCAAGAGCAAAUUUUGAAAAUAGAUAAAUAAAUACAUAAAUUAUGAAAAUAAUUUCUAUUGAGGGUUAAAGUUAUCUAAAUCUAAGAUUAGUGCCAGUAUCUCACAGACCAUAAAGUGUGAGUCACAGUACAGUAGUAAAUGUUAUGAAUGUUGGAAAAAUAUGGACAUAUUGUAUUAAAGAUAAUGGAUGUGGACUAAUCCCACAAUGUGGGGAUAAAUAGCGUAGAGGUCAUAAAAACGGCUCCUUUAAUGAGUAUUUCUCGGGUAAAAAUCGUUACGCCUCUAAAGGCAGACACUCUUUUAGUGCUUUUAACUCUUAUUUAUUGUCUGUAAAACACUAAUCAGUGGCUUUUCUUUGCUGAUAAGAGCGGUCAGCCAUGUAUUUGCCUCAUUUGCAGAGAUAUUUUUAAUUUAGCUGAUCAUUACACAAAUGCACCCACUAAACAAGUCUAAAAAUGUCCAUGUAAAGGUAGGUGGUGCAUGCAAAAGAUUUGAAAGCUUUAUUCAUUGGCCUGUUUCUUUCAAACCACAAACAGUUGCAUAUUGUUUAACAUGAAUAAUUCCCUGUAUUCAUGACACAUAUUUGAGAAUAUCAUCCACAGAAGUAUCUUAUCUUUUCAUAGAUAAGUGUGUUUCUCAAUCAUGAGGGUUGAAACGGUCGAUCCUGGCAGUGAGGGGAUUUUCUGCAGCAUCACUUCUGUAUCUAAAAGAGCCCAUUGUUCAUGUCUUUAACAUACAGAGUGGUGCCUGCCCAGCCCCCCUGUCAAAGAGAGUAGAGUCACAUGUUGGGCCAUCCAAGUCGUACAAAGGCUGUCAUGGGUUUGCAUACAGUAUGAGCAGCAGAGCCUCUUUUACAUUUGGUUGAAACAAUGACGAAGAGUAACCUUAACUAUCCCUUGGAUAUCACUGAUCUGGAUGUGAGUCAUGUUAGACAAUAGCAGCAUUGUAGAUCGGUUCUUCAGGAUGUUUGCAUCUUUUCUUUACUGAAGGAGUUUUUGGUGAUUUAGGGCUACAAAUAUGAUUGUUUUAAUUCUAUCGUUUUAAUUAUUACAUUUCUUCUAAAAAAAAAAUCAAAAUAUUCAAAAUAAAAAAUAGAAAUAGGGUUUUGAACAAAUAAGCACAGUUUUAUCACUCAGGCUGAAGUGGGUUGUGGUGUACUGCUGUGUUCUUUCAUGAGAGGAGUAAGACAUUAGAGACACCUUUCAGUAUAAUGCUGAUCCAGUACAGCGAUUGACUGAUAACAGUUUUUCCUAUACCGAUACUGACAAUAGGAGAGCAGGUGCCCAGGGCUGAUAUAUAAUGCUGAUAUCACAUUGUUUAGAUUUUGAUUUUGUUGUCCAAGAUGAAGCACUUUAUAAUAACUAAAAUAAUAUUAAAAGGAGUCAGGAAAGGCAACAGACCUGGAAAGGAGAUGUGAUUUGUAUGUUGCACAUGCUAACAUUAAGAAAUGUAAACAUGACACUCGUAGCUCAUAGUUAGAUAUAUGUGUAGAUGACAUGAAUUUAUCAUUUAAACCCAAAUCAAUAGUCAAUGACUCGUGUUUUGAAAACAAAAUCAACCACCUGGAUUAAUAGUCAUGAUUCAGUAACAAACCUCUGUCAUGCCAGCCGGUCUCUGCAGAUACCAACCACAAAUCCCAGGUCCAGGUUUGUUCAUGAAGUGUUGAUACAUGCAUGCCAUUAACAGCUGGCUGUGUGUCAUGUGCUUUACCCUCCUCUGCUCAAAGCCGAACUACCUCCUCCUUACACAGCCAUCGCCAGUCCGGACGCCGGCGGUGUGCCCGUCAUCAACUGCCGUGUCUGCCAGUCGCUCAUCAACCUGGACGGGAAGCUGCAUCAGCACGUGGUCAAGUGCACGGUCUGCAAUGAAGCAACGGUGAGUGGAGGUGGACACUGUCGGUGAUGACAUGACAGUCGUAAUCGUCCCGCUGUCAAGUUGAGUAACAACAUUAAAUCUGAGCAGCUCUAGUCGAAUGAUAAGUUCUACUGUAGCUCUAUGAAUGUGUCUCAGUUUAAAAACUUUAUUAGAGCUGUCAGCGCAGACAGCAACAGAAUGAAUGGCUGUACUCUCAAACCCUCCGGCAGGAAAAUCCAUGUCUGUUAGCUGAUGAUGGUGCUGCUUAAAAGCAUCUACACACCUGUUUGAUGAUAUAAUAUAAUGGAUACCAAACAGCACACUGUGGAUGUUGUUUGGCCCUCAAAUGUUGCAGCUAAACUCAGCCGAGGUUUUCCAGACAUUCUUCUCUGCAACAUCUGCCUACAUAUAUGUUAAAAUAUGCCUAUGUAAGUGUUUGUGUGAUAUAAACAGAACAGUUCGGGGCUGUAUAGACAUUUUAAUGACAAAUUUAACAUGAAAUAGGACACAACAUGUACUCGUAUACAGCAGAGAGAUGCCCUAGUACCAUUAUUGAUCAUUACUAUGAUUCAAAUAAAUAGCUUCUAUUUGAGAAAAACAGCAUUUAUUUGACAUUUUAGUCUCUAAUAGCAGUAAAAUGUUGUUUGUUUUUGUUACAUAUCAUAAUUGACCUCAAACUUGUUAAUUUGGAGGCUGAUUGGCCGAACCAAAUUAGUGAAACAGAUGGCACAUUCACAAUUUCCAAUACAGCAUUUUCGGCCAUGUUGGAGGCCGCUAUAGAUACAGGAUCCAAGACUCUACAGAUUUAAUAGAUUAAAGGUCCAGCUAUUGAUUUUUGUAUUGCGCUUCUAUUUCCCUAUGAGCUCUGAAAGGUUCUGCCGAGUUAUCUGGCCUGUGCUCAGGUGUUUAUUAAUUUUCAGUGAGCUGAUAGAAAUAUGUUUUCUUCCAGCCCAUAAAGAACCCUCCAUCGGGGAAGAAAUAUGUGAGAUGUCCCUGUAACUGCCUGCUCAUCUGUAAAGACACAUCCAGGAGGAUAGGAUGUCCUCGACCAAACUGGUAGGCUGCCAGCAGUGAAAUUCUACUCCCCAGUUUCCUUUCCGUCAAAAGCAAAAUGUACAGCAUGCUGAUUUAGCUCUGUUGAUAAAGGUUACAGCCCUCAUCUCACCGGUCAUAAUAUAAAUUCAGAGGAUUUGGUGCCUUCUCAGAUGUGAAGUAUACAGCUCUUGUCUCUUUUUUCCCCUCCCACAGCAGACGCAUCAUCAACCUAAGCCCGGUGAUGGUGGUCCCUGAGGAGCAACCCGCACAGCCGGCUCUGCCAAUCCAACCUGAGGGGAUGAGAGUGGUCUGCGGUCACUGUGGCAACACCUUCCUAGUAUGUAAACCCACGAAAGAAAAAAAAACAGCAAUCCGCUCUUUCACGAGUUGCUCAUGCAGAUUGUGUUAGUUGAUAUUUGCAUAUUAAUAAUCCCGAGAUUUAUAAUCUUUCAUAUUUAUUGAUGCAAACAGGGAUUUUCAGCUGUAUUAUGGAACAGUUGUACACUUGUUUCAGUUCAUAAAGCUUGUUGUGCUGUAUAUCAGGAUAGACUUUAUUCAUGUUAGUCCCAAGCACACAUGAGAGCUUAUUGGUUGUUUUUUGUUUAGUGCAAAUAAAAACUCUAUUCAGUGUAGAUUUUGAACAAAUAUAUUGUUUGUAAAGCUGGCAUUAGCUGCAGGAAUACUUUCCUUCUGGUUCUUUGAGACUGUACUGCAUUGCCGUGUGAUCGCAGCUUAUUCCCAUUCACUUGAAAGCCAUUGUCUCCCUGCAUGUUCAGUUAGUGUUUAUGAAAUGCUGCAUGUUUACCUUAAAGGAGUUUAUCUACCAGGAAGGAGUUGCAGAAGAUCAGGUAUUGCGUCAUCACAACAGCAGUCAUAUCAGUGGUAUUGUCCUCCUAAUGUGUGCACGUUGUUGCUUGCGGCGUCUGUAGGGGAGUGAGGACGCCAGUUCUUCCCAGCCAAUGUCUGGCGUUCCCAGAGAUGGCUCCCUGCCACCACAACAACAACAGGUCGAAGCUGGUGACACGGGUGGAGAAAUUAACAACAGCCUAACCUGCUCCAGUCCAAUCCUAGGUCUUAUUUACACCGGUGAUCAUGUGACUCUGUGCACAUCUGGCUGAAAAGAGAGCCUCUAUUAAAACGAUGGGUUUAUUUCAAGAGCUGCAUGACAAACCUGUGUAAAUACGACCUUAAAUUAUGAACGCUGAUCUGUUUUGGUGUGCCAGAACCCCUAAUGAAAAAUGAUGUGUUUACAGUCCUGACUAAUAUAUCAUGAUGAAUCAUUUUUGUUGCUAAUUUUGUCCAACGUUUUUUUCCCUAUAUGACCACAAGGUUUGAUAUUGAACUCCAAGAUGAGAACCAUCAUAAGUGAUCACGUAAAAUCAUUUCCUGUAGGUGGUGAUCGUAGUGUGCUGGUCAGUUUGUGUAUGUGCGUAACUUCUUCUUCUGUUUCCUCACAGUGGAUGGAGCUUCGGUUUAACACGCUAGCCAAGUGUCCUCAUUGCAAAAAAAUGUGAGUCUAUCAAAUCUAUUCAACACACUGCACAAAGUCGAACUCAGAUUUUGCACUCACACUUGGUUUUCAGCCAGUUUUCAUUUUACCAGACAGCCUUGAAAUCAUUAUUGAUUUUUUUGCUUGAGAUUCUGUUUCAAGUCUCUAGACUGGGUUUAAAAAUCGCAAAAAUAAAUCUCAGUGAAGAAUAUAUAUAGGCCUGUCACGAUAACAAAUUUUGCUGGACGAUAAUUGUGCUACAAAUUAUCGCCGAUAAACGAUAUUAUUGACACCGUUUUUUAAAUUAUAGAUAAUGAUAUGAAAUGGCAUAAUAAUGCGAGUACACCGUGUCAAAAGUGAUAAACUUUAAUUUCACCCACGACGAAGACGUAACGUUGACGAGCUAAACAUAAGUCGGAGAUGAAUAAAAUGUGACGAGACGAAAGUGUGUUUACGUUGAUGGGACGAGACGAAAAUGACGAACAGAGUUGCAAAACUCAGUCAGUUAAACGCUAAACAUGUAGGAGCAGCUUCAGUCCGCUCUGACAGCUCUCAUCAGCCUGCUGUGCUCCUCCAACACACAGACACACGCGCGCGCGCGCGCACACACGUGGAGUUUUGUGGUUGACAAAAACAAAAGUGGUUUAAAGCCGAAAUAUUCCCACACUUGGGCUGUUGCGUUCGGUUUAGACACCAAAGCUGUCGUGUUCAUUCUGUUUGCUUGCUUUUCACUCACGACGCUCACUUGCAGCACUGUAUCCAAAAGUCUGUGCCCGUGUGCCUGUGCGCGCCUACGUGUACCUGCGCGCGCGCCCCCUCGUAACAAAGACACUGAAUGACUGACAGGAGGGUUCACUAACUCUGUUCAUUCCGCUAUAGAGCCAACGCCCCCAGGUGCCGAGAAAAAUACGCAGAGUGAGACCUCUUCUCUCAUCCAGCGUGUUUGGUAGCGAGAGAGGAGGAAAACAAACGCACGUCAAUUAUCGAGGCUGGCAAAGUUAUCGACCUCGUUUUUAUUUAUCGAGCGAUAAGGCGAUUAAUUGAUUAUCGCGACAGGCCUAAAUAUAUAACUUUUAGUCAACUCCAACUUCAGCCUGUACACUUCACAUUGUAACAGACUUGCUUAGAGUUGAGCAGUAGCUACCAUUUGUCCUCUUUUUGUCUCUGUACGUACAAACCCCAAUUCUAAUAAGGUUGAGAUGUUGUGUAAAAGAUAAAUAACAGAAUACAAUGAGUUGCAAACCCUGUCCAACUAUAUUCAAUUGAAUACUUUACAAAGACGAGAUAUUUAAUGUUCAAACUGAUCAACUUAAUUGUUGUUUUUUUGCAAAUAUUCACUCAUUUUGGAUCUGAUUCCUGCAACACACAACAAAAAAAGUUGGGACAGGGGCAACAACAGACGGGAAAACCAAGGAAUGUUUGGAUCAUUAGACAGGUGAACAUGUUCAUUGGAAACAGUUGAGUAUCAGGAUUGGGUGUAAAAGGAGCAACCCUGAAAGGCUCAGUCAUUUACGAGCAAGGAUGGGGCGAGGUUCAACGCAUUUUUGGAACAACUUCAUGAGCAAAUAGCCCAACAGUUUAAGAAUGACCGUCUCAAUGUACAGUUGGAAGGAUUUUAGUGAUUUGAUCAGCUACAGUUGAUAAUAUCAUCACAAGAUUCAGAGACUCCAGAGAAAUCUCUGCAUGUAAGCAGCAUGGAACCAAAACUAACAUUUGGUACCAAUGACCUUCGUUGAACAAAAGCAAGAAUAUGAAGAAUUCCUCCUCUAAAGCUUCGACAGUAAGUGUCCUCAGUUCUCAAACGCUUAUUGAGUGUUGCUAAAAGGAAAGUUGAUGUAGCACAGAAAUAAACAUGCUCCUGUCCUGGGCACAAAAUUCAAAAUGAGUGAAUACUAAUUAUUUAUUAAUCACGUUUCACACAACAUCCUAACUUUAUUGGAAUAAGGGUUUAUAGUUUUCUCAAGUAGUUGUUCAUCCCAGCAAAGAACAAACAGGGGUUGAUUUUUCUAUUUAUUUUGUUUAGAAAUUACUACAGGCUGAUAUCUUUAAACCCAUGACCCAUUUUCACACAUUUUGAAAGUCUGAAUUAGUAAGUGGUUUAAUCCAUUUUGGAGUUACACCAGUAGAAUUUCUCAGCUGUUGGCCAAGAAACGUGCUGCAAUGGCCGACAUAUAAUCCAUGCACCUGAUCGAAGUGUGUCUGCCAAAAGUUUUGCAACUGGUAGGCCUAGACUGCUAGUCCAAAUGUCGGACAGUUUUCUCACAUUUAAUCCUUCAAUAACUGACCUUGCACUGGAUUUUACAGAGUGGCUUCUCCCUGAGCAAGAGUGAGAAAUGGUUAGUUGUGGAGAAGCAACGACUCUAAAUUUUGCAGAUUUUUUCAGACUAAAGCACUUGUUGGGUUGCGUGCUUGUUUUGUUUGUAGUUUCAGUUAUUCUUAUUUGGAUUGUUUUAUUGUAAAUCAGCUGCCCGGCUUCAGAGAUUUUGUAGUUUAUGGAGAAAGGGAGUGAUGUUGGUGAGGGUGAAGGAGGGGUCCAUGGAGGCUAAUCUAGCAGGUGACAGGAAUUAGGGCUUGGCCUCAAUACAAGUUAAUGUGAAAGAUGGAGAGUGCCUGCAGGGGUCAGAGGUGGUGGGAGUGCAGGGAAAAUGAGGAGUCUGUAAAUGAGAGAAUGGACAGUAACUACAUCAGGCAGCCACUGAUGUUUCAAUGUUCCUUCCCUUAGUUUCUGCCUCACUUUUAACCUUUGUGUUUAUUUUAUGUUUUUGUCGAUAUAAGUGCGAAGACAAAGUGCGUUAAUAUAUCUGUUUUUAUCUGUUUGCUCCUUUUGUCUCUAAAUUUAAUUUCUUCGUUUUCAAAUCUUUCCCAAAAAAGGAGAAAAAGCUCAACUCUAAAAGCUCUUUUCUAGAGCAUUUUUUUACACAAAAGUACCUCAAAUCAAAGUGAAAUUAGUUGUGUUUUAAGUGUCGCAGAGAUUAAACUUUGUAACUUUCAGACACUAGAUUAAAUCUUGUUUAAGUAAUGUCCACUGGCCUUUUACAGCCUAAUCUUCAAAGACAUUGUUUGAGAGGCAGGUUUGCUCCAGAUAUGUCAUCGGUAAAGCUAAUGGGUCGAUCAGGUGGUCCAAAAUUUGAAAAGUGAGUCUUAAAGAGAGGAAAAGUGCAAGUAGACGGAGGUUUGAGAUGUAGCAGUAAAAGGUAAAAAUAUCAGGUGAUCAGGCCCCCAUAGGCCACCUGAAUACCAGCAAUUCCUGAAGAAUGUAUGAGUCUCGUCACAUGAGGGGCAUGUGAGCGGCGAUGGGAGGGUUGGAAAGUGAAAUAAUAGUGGGGGGAAAAAAAACAGAUUCCAGUCUGGUGGUUUGGGGCAGUUAACUUGUUCAUGUGUUCAUCGGAGUCUGAAAGUGUUGGGAGCUGCUCAUGUGACUCUUCCUGCGCUUUCAUGUGUUACGUAAAACAAGGAGUGGAGAUUUUCUUGUGGCUCAUGGGAUUGUAGAGGACGCUGUCGAGUGAAAACAGCAGAAAUAAAAGUAGGAUUAAGGAAGCAUCAGACACAUCAUCAUGGGAAAUAUUAAAUUUAAUCCAAAACUUAAACUCCUUUGAAGAAAAUAUCAGUUGUGGUUUUUCAUGUAUAUUUCUGUCAUUGAACCAUCCUUUCAGUCUUCCCCUGCGCACUGACUUUCUCUGUUUUUUCCUCUUUCUUUACAGAUCUUCUGUUGGUAGUGCGCUCCCCAGGAGGCGCUGUUGUGCUUAUGUAACAAUAGGAAUGAUCUGCAUUUUCAUUGGAGUCGGUUUAACAGUAAGUUCUGUCUAAUUCUUGUUUGUCUUGUAAGAAUUAUGUUAUAACAAGUGUGUUAUAUAGAGAAGGUUUAUAUUUUUGGAUUUACAACAAAACCAGAACAGAAGAAAAAUGGAAAAUAAACAUUUGAAAAGUUAAAUAUUAAAUGAGGAGUGGUCAUCUACAAAGUACUGAUCUGAAGAGACUCACUCCACCUUCCUCUUGUUAGGAGUCUUUUUGUUCGACAGAGUCACGAGAACAUAACCAAACAAUAUGUCGAUACAUGACCUGUUAGGCUUCUGGACUUAUCAGUAAACAAAAACAACAGCUAUUGUUCAGUUUCUCACAAUAUAUCAGAGUCACAUCAGACUUUUUCAAAUCAUAUUAGAGCUAUAAUCUCUUCUAAAUGACUUUGGGGGAUUGAAGUGCUUAUUUUAAAGCUUGGGAAGGCAAUUCUAAAAAAAAAGGCAGAUUCUGAACGUUUCCAGUAGAAGAAAUGUUGGAGGCACUUCCUCCUAUCAGCACUUCUUUCUCAGUGAAGGUCAGGAGUGGAAACUGAUUUACAACGUUUAUUCAAGUUUGACUGAAAGCUGAUUUGCUGACAGCUUCUUUAUGGCAAUCAGCUGAACUCACAACACAAUACCCUUGUCUGAUUGGAAAUACAUUAACAGAUUCAUCUUCCUCAGGUCAAUAACUCAUCAGUAAAAUAUGACUUUGAUGAAGGUGGCACCUAAUUUAUCCUGUUACUCAGUCUUAACCAACCAUUGUAUGAUAAUCAGUGUUGUGUAGUAAGUAAGUAGCGAUACCUAAGUACAGUACUUGAGUAUAAUUUUGAAGUACCUGUACUUUACUGUUUUUUUUGUGCCUGUGACUUUUACUCUUGUUCGGCUACAUCUAUAAAAAGAAAAGUAAACUUUUACUCCACUACAUUUCACAGAAGCAGCUUCUCUACCUCUAUUUUUACUUUGUUACUAUAAUAGUGAGUGGGGGGGGGGCUUAUUUUCACUUUUACCUAAUGUUGAUUUGCAUUGCGCUUGUCAUCGUCAAUCAGUCACUCAAGCCCGAGCAUGUCUGCAGCUGCUUGUAGGCUGCGCAUUUGCUUGCACUCACCUACAUGUCCAGAGGCUGUUUUGAUGGUUCUCAUCAUGCCCAACUCCUGUCCUACGUUCUUUGACUGUUGGAGGAUGCACUAUUAUCAUCAUGAACUGUAUCAAACUGCCUUUCUCUGCCAUUCUUGUGCAACUAAAUAGUCAAGUCACUUAGAUCUGAAUGUCAAAUUCUCUGUUACUGAUAUCAACACUUCAUCAGCUUUCCCCUCUUCUCUGUAUCAACAGGUCGGCACUCGAAGCUUUGCCGUUCGUUACAACGCCACCUACGUCUCCUGGGCGCUGGCCUACCUGCUGGGCCUCAUCUGUCUGAUACGAGCCUGCUACUGGGGGGCAAUCAAAGUCAGCUACCCCGAGAACAGCUUCUCCUAGAGCAGAGCUCAGCGUGGCGCGGCUGGGAGAACAGACCCCUCUUUUAAGUUGUUUCAUCACGUUCAGAUUUCAUACCGGUCAUGUCCAGCGGAGCGGGACGCCUGCAGAGUAUGUUGGAGAGCUGUAUGUGUGGAGGGUUGUUAUGUUGAAGAUGCAUCUUGUUGUGUUUGUGUCUGUUUUAGAGUUUUACUCUCUGAACAAACCUACUGGGUGUCAAUCAGUCCACACUGACUUCAAUCCUGGCCAGGUUUUGCUCAAAUCCUUCCAAUAAGGAAUCAAGAAGUCCAUAAAACUGAUUUUUGUUGUGUGAAUGCCAAAAUUAGCUGAUUCAGAAAAUAGUCUAGCUAAACAGUUGGAUUUGGUCUUUUUGGCCUCGUCAUUUAAUAAUUUUUUUUUUAGCAACUUGACGUUUUGUUUCUGACCAGACUGAAAUGAGAUGACCUCCUCAGAUUAGUUUGCCCAUUGCACUACGAUUUUAUGCAAUUGUGUUAGUUUUUUGCUGCUAGUUUGACUCCAGCUGCAUAUCCAUACUGUAAUGUAACCUUGCCUGUGUACACUGACAUAGUAUUGCUUUAUGAUUUUUAACUUGCAAAAUGAUCAGUUUGAAUGAAAUCCUCCUUAAAUACCCGUGUGUGCGAACUUUGCUGCCCAGUAUUUGUUGAGUAGAGCAUCAAAUCAACAGGAGAGUGUGUGUUUUUUUUUUUUUUUCAGUCAGCACUAAUAUUUUUGGUGCCGUGCAGCUUUAACUCAAAACAGUAAUAACCUUUACACUGGAGCCUCACUGUGUUCCUCACCAAGUUUUCGCUGCCUUCUCACUCACAGAACAUGUCUGCAUGUUUGUGUCCUGCCACUGGGGUUGUGUUUUUUUCCUGUUUCAGAGAGGAAGCUGAAGCUCACGAUGCUCCUGUCUUUACUCCCUCUGCCUGUAAGUUAGAAUGUAAACCCUCCUCUUUCUCCUCUUGUCGCUUUUACUGCUGCUCUCUGACCUCCGGUGAACCCUGUGCUAGCUAGCUAGAUUGCUAUAGGCCAACUCAGCAUCCUGUCUCUUGACCAGUCUGCAAUCUUCUAACCUUGUCUUGAAUGUGAUGAUGAUGAUGUUGAGGAUAAUGAUGAUGAUGAUGAUUAAGGAGAAAAUAUAUAAAAACAACCUUGUAAAUAGUUCAAAUUCAGUACUUGGAAAACUGUAAUGAGAGGAUGAAGGAGGGGAGACUUGUGGGUCUUUUUAAAAUAAUAAUUUAUCAAUAAAAAGCUAAAACUGUUUGUUUUGUCCUCUUUGCAUGUUGGCUGGUACCUUUCUAGAAUAAAGUUUUUUAAUUUU